AUUUAUACUAGACUAACUUGAGAAUCAAUACUACAGUUUUAUCCUGCAGUCCCACUGUCAACAAAAACAAAAUCCUCACAAAUUGUGCCACAGUUUAUCUCCAACAAGACAUUUCCAACUUGAAUUUUUCCAGAAAUAGUAGAGAUCUAACGAGAUAGAAAUGUUAAGUCUUCUUAAAAAGGAGAUUGCAGACAAGAAGCGCAACUUGGAAGAAAGCAAUGUCUUAAAUAGUGGAAAAAAAUUUUUCAGACGAGGAGACCUGAGUGCCAAGCAGACUGAAGAAUACUGGCAACGACAUGGGUACAGGUCACAGGAUGGAAGUGAUGGACGCGGAGAGUCCUCGAGUAAUAAUGGAGGUUCUUCUUUAUCACAGGACAACGUAAACAAAGAUCUAGGAGAUGCUCCAGAGUUACCACGUGUUGAAGUUAUUCGUCGAUUACGUGAACGUGAAGAGCCAAUUUUACUGUUUGGUGAGAGUGAACACGAUGCUUUUCGAAGACUUAGGAGACUUGAAAUCCUGGAGCCAGAAGUAAACAGAGGUUUACGUAAUGAUUUUCAGGAAGCUUUAGAACGUGUGGACCAAGCUUAUUUGAAUGAAAUUUUGAAAACUGAAGAUGGUGAUGGAGCACGUAAUGUGGCUCUCUCUGGAGAAAACAUUACUAUGGAAAGUGUUAUUGAGAUGGCCAAGGACCUCAAUAGUGGGAAUGCCAGUAAUGAAUUGAGAUGUAAAGUUAUUCUCAAGUUUGUUCAGCUUAUUUUACAGCUAUGGGGUAGUAAACAUAAUGCUAGACCUGAAGCAGAGAAAAUGAGUGUGCGAGGCAAAAUUGAUUCUGCAACUUAUACUCAGACCCAGGCAUAUUUAAAGCCACUUGUUAAGUACUUGAAGAAACGAUCUCUACCUGAUGAUAUCAUGGAGUGCCUCAUAGAAAUUGUUCAACAUUGUCUCGAUCGAGAUUACGUGAAGGCAAAUGAUGCUUAUCUUCAAAUGGCAAUUGGCAAUGCACCAUGGCCAAUUGGUGUGACUAUGGUGGGUAUUCAUGCUCGUACUGGACGAGAAAAAAUUUUCAGCAAACAUGUCGCUCACGUAUUGAAUGAUGAAACACAAAGAAAAUACAUUCAAGGGCUUAAACGACUUAUGACAAAAUGCCAGCAAUAUUUCUCUGCAGCACCAUCCAAGUGUGUAGAGUAUCAGGCUGUUUCUCAGUAACUUUUUUCCCUUCAUCAUCAUCCUCGUAAUUAAUGAUUUUACAUCAGAUUUCCCAUACCAAUGUUAGAUGUGAAUUGAGUUGUCUCCAUAGUCUUGAAGCCCCAUUUGUUCUGUGUGUUUUUUUUUUUAUCAUUUUCAUACCUAGUACGUAUAGUUUUUUUUUUUUUUUUUUUUUUUUUUUUUUUUUUUUUUUU